GGUCUCGAUGCAGACAUCCUUUGUGCAAUUUCUGUUAUUAUUCUGAAAUUCAUUGUUUGAUUUGUUUGACAUUUAAUCAACUUGUAGACACCUUAAGGAUCAAACCGUCCUGACAGGAUAAAGAUGUUGAUGGCGGAUCACUUCCAACCAACGUCCAAUUGUCUACCUACUUAUGAGAUCCAUCUCGCCUCAUUUGGCUGUCAUUGCAGCAUCACUCGGUCAUGAGCUCCAAUUAAAAAAUGAUAUCUUGGCAAGGGUGAGGGGGAUAAGACAAGGUAGUUCUACCGACGCGGAGCUGAAAGUUCAGGGCCCAUCUUGCCACACAGUAGUAUAUCUGUACCUGUGAAAUGUCGCAAGUUUUCCAUUCUUCACGACGCAAUUUUCAAAAUGCUCGAUCCAUUCUUCUCUCCUCCAAAGACCUUUGGCACGAAAGUGCAAGUCUUGGCUGAUUUUUUGGACUUGCAAACGUUGCCGUACCACAUGCAUGAAAUAAUUAUCGCAUUUUGUUUCUACACCAUAGUCGAUACCUAUGUAUCCCAAAUUAUUUCAUCUCGACUAUUUCCAAAAAUAUACCCAUCGCUUUCCCAUCGAGUCAAGAUCAAUUGGAACAUUCAUUUCGUCUCAUUCGUUCAAUCUACUGUGAUCUGUUUAUUGGCCCUGUGGGUGCUAUGGACAGAUGAUGAACGAUGGGAUAUGGACUGGAGGGGAAGAAUAUGGGGAUACACUGGCGCUGGAGGUCUUGUCCAAGCUUUUGCUAUGGGCUAUUUCUUGUGGGAUUUGAUGGCUAGUGUUGUCCAUCUAGAUUCUCUUGGAUGGAGCUCGUUAAUACACGCCAUCUGUGCACUUUUAGUGGUUGGCAUUGGUUUUAGACCAUUCGCGAAUUAUUAUGGCCUGAACUUCGUCCUUUAUGAACUCUCCACCCCGUUCCUCAAUAUUCACUGGUUCUUCGAUAAGCUCAAUAUGACGGGCUCCAAAGCGCAACUUUACAAUGGCAUAGUACUCCUCGUUACGUUCUUUUCAUGUCGUCUUGUAUGGGGUGUCUACCAAUCUGCAAGACUAUAUCAUGAUCUAUGGAGCUCUUUCCAUACCUCUCGUGCGAUAAUUGCCCCGGAACCGCGAUUCUCUGGUGGUUCAGAAUGGGAGCUCUUUAGAUUCCUCGGAGAAUCCAAAGAGCUGUCGCUACCAACAUGGUUAGCGUGGGGAUAUCUGGCAACGAACACUAUAUUGACACUCUUGAAUUUCUAUUGGUUUAAUCAGAUGGUUUCCGCGGUAUCGAAAAGGUUUUCCAAGAAAGGAAAGCACACACGAGUAGAUAAGAAAGAGUAGAAUUUCUGAAAUAUCAUCAGGUAAAUCCUUGCAGGCGACUUGCUACAGGCUAGAUUUGAUUACGCAAUAAGAAGAAUUCAAGAUAUUCUCUCUCAUUUUGUCAUAAAGUCACCAAUUUAAGUACACA